GCACGUGACCAAGGAAGAGGCACAGAUCCAUUACACAAUAAUAAAAAUAUGCCUUUGGCAACGUGGGGCCAAAGUGGAGCUGCUGCAGGGAGCUCAAACUGCGCACGAGAAGGAGUCAAACAGGAAUAGAAAGGACCAAAGUCAACCCUCCCAGGACCUGCUGUGGCAGGACAGGCCGGGGAUCUGCAGCAGAACAUCUGCCCGAAGCCCUGGGGGCUGCCAGCGCCUGUCCGGAUCUCACUGGGGAGAGCAGGCUGGCCGUGCCAUGAUCUCUGCCGCGCUGCUCCUCUGGACCGUGCCCUGCGUGGCCAACCACAUCCUGGGGGGCUUUGCCAAGCGGGAGCUGCAGGAGGGCGCCCAGCUGGCCUGCAGCCUGCCAGGGCCCCCCGGGCCCCCCGGGCCCCCCGGCGCGCCAGGGACCCCCGGCACCGUGGGCAGGAUGGGCUUCCCAGGCAAGGACGGCAAGGACGGCCAGGACGGGGACAAGGGCGAGCAGGGCGAGCAAGGUCCCCAGGGCAGAACAGGAAACCCUGGCAAGCCAGGCCCGAAGGGGAAGGCGGGAGCCCUUGGCAAGGCCGGGCCCCGGGGCCCCAAGGGUUUGAAGGGCAAUCCCGGGAAAAACGGGCCCCCGGGGAAGAAAGGGCCCAAAGGGGGCAGGGGGGAGCCGGGGCCGCCGGGCCCCUGCAGCUGCAGCGGCAGCAGGGCCAGGUCUGCAUUCUCGGUGGCUGUGUCCAAGAGCUACCCCAGGGAGAGGCUGCCCAUCAAGUUCGACAGGAUCCUGAUGAACGAGGGGGGACACUACAACGCCUCCAGCGGGAAGUUCAUCUGCAGCAUCCCGGGCAUUUACUACUUCACCUAUGACAUCACCUUGGCCAACAAGCACCUGGCCAUCGGCCUGGUCCACAACGGCCAGUACCGCAUCAAGACCUUCGACGCCAACACCGGCAACCACGACGUGGCCUCCGGCUCCACCGUGCUGGCGCUGAAGGAGGAGGACGAGGUGUGGCUGCAGAUCUUUUACUCUGAGCAAAAUGGGCUCUUCUAUGAUCCCUACUGGACAGACAGCUUAUUUACUGGAUUCUUGAUUUACCCUGACCAAGAUUAUCUCAGUGAGGUGUAGGAUGAGAAACUGUGGGAAGAAAUAGGAGAUGGGCCUCAGUCCAAGGAAGAGUGGCCUUGCAUGGGAGUAUCUGGGGUUAUCAGAUGAUUCCACAUUUGCCCAUGGGAUUAUCAGUUGACUGCACCCUGUAGGGGCUGUGUAAACUUUUCCUUGAUGCCAUCAAACCCGCAGGUACCAGGCUUUCAGCAGCCUCACAAAUGUCUCCAUCCCAAAGCCACCCGUUAUGUAUCCCAUGAUUAUUCCAACAUGCCAUGGACAUGUAAAUCAAAUACUGGUGCAGGAUGCUUUGGUUAUUGCAUUGUUACAAUAAAGCAAGGAAGCCAACAGUAAUGUCCUAAA